CAUCGCUGACUUUUUAUGGUGGAUCUAAUUAAAAGUACGCUUUUCUGACCGCAGGUUGCCGUUUUGAGGAGAAAAAAGGGAAACGAUUACUCAAAAUAGAAACAAAAGUGCAAUAACUGUAGUCAUUGAACAUUGAACCACACUUAAUCUGGUAUUAGCUACACACUUCAGAUAUGCAGGAUCCCAACGAAGAUACCGAAUGGAAUGAUGUUCUCCGCGCCAAGGGCAUUAUACCACAAAAGCCCAAGGAAAAAGAAAUUACCGAAGAUGAAAUCAUUGGUAUGAUCGAAAGCACCAUUGCGGAAAAGCAAAAUGGAAAAGAUUUGUCCCAGCUCGAACUAGAUGAGCUAGACGAGUUAGAGGACUCGGAGGAUGAGGAAGUGCUGCAACAAUAUCGACAAAAGCGUAUCGCGGAAAUGCAGGCGGCAGCUACCAGGGCGCGUUUUGGUUCGGUACGCGAAAUUUCGGGCCAGGACUACGUCGAGGAAGUCACAAAAGCGGGCGAAGGGAUCUACGUGGUGUUGCACCUUUAUAGCCGAGGUGUUCCGUUCUGUGCGUUGAUCAACCAGCACCUAACACAGCUGGCUACUGUUUUUCCGAUGACAAAGUUUGUCCGUGCAAUCGCUACUACCUGUAUUGCAAACUACCCAGAAAGGAACGUUCCGACCAUAUUCGUCUACUUCCAAGGCCAGCUGAAGAAACAAUUCAUUGGGACUGUGGAACUUGGUGGGCCAAAUCUUACAUGCGAUGAGUUGGAAUAUAUGCUUGGACAAACCAAAGCAAUUGAAAGCCAAAUUAAAGAAGAUCCACGAGAGUCACGGAAGAUUAAAGACAAAAUGUUUGCAGAACUGUCGGACAAUAACGAUUGGUAGGAGAUAAGACGUUCAAAAAUGUCGGCAUUUUCUACAAGAUCAAAUAAAACUAUCUGCUAUUUAUUGAUAAUAAACAAGUUUGCCGUUCAUGAUUUUGUA